AUGGCGGACUCCGUAGACCGGGUCUUCGUCCAUGCGUUGAACACCGUCAAGAAGAUUCCCAAAACAGGCGCGUCACGUCCACCGCCUGCCGACCGCCUUCGUCUCUAUGGCCUCUACAAACAAGCUAUGGAGGGUGAUGUUGAUGGCGUGAUGGAGCGACCCUGGUCAAUGCCCGGCGCCUCGAUGGAAGACUUGCAAAAAGAGAAGGAUAAAUGGGAUGCGUGGAAUUCACAAAGAGGCUUGAGCCGGACAGAGUCGAAACGCAGAUAUGUGGAGGCGCUGAUUGACACGAUGCAUCGCUACGCAACUACACCGGACGCCAGAGAACUCGUGACGGAGCUGGAAUUCGUCUGGAACCAGAUCAAGCACAACUCUCCCACUGCAUCUGAUGCAUCCCCCAAAGCCAGCACCACGUCGCGACGAUUCGAGGAACCGCCACACGAUGACGACGCACCGAUGAGGGUCUUGAACCCCAUGAGCGAACUAGAUGAAGCAGAGAGGCGAUCACAGAAGCUCAUGGAGAUGGACGACGAGGACGAUGAGGACGCGGGACACGCCAUUGCCAGAAGCAGCAACCGGUGGCAGCGGACUGUCGAGCGAGCACUUACGAAUCUGUCCGCCGAGGUUGCUGCAUUACGAGAGCAGAUUACAGCAGGAAGGGAAUGGAGGUCCAAGAAACAACGCAGCUUUCCGGCGUGGAUAGAAUGGCUGUCCUGGGCAGUAUUGAAGCACCUUGUCGUCGAUUGCUUCGUUCUUGGGUUGGUUUUACUAUGGAUGCGGAAACGCAAGGACAGGCGACUUGAGGAUUUGGUCAGAGCAGCAUUAACACUCAUCCGGGAGUAUGUGCGAAACAUCCUCCCUUCAAGGUGA